AUGGAAUGGAGAUUGACCUUUCCAACCGCGAGCUUGCUUAUGCUCAUGCUUAUGUCGUCGCUCGCUAAGAAUCAAGCACAAGCACGAAAUGUCUUCAAUAUCAAAGAUUUUGGAGCAGUUGAUGAUGGAAAUACUGACGGUAGCAAAGCUUUAUCCGAUGCGUGGAGUAAAGCUUGUAACUCGCGAGGGACCGCUGUCGUUUUAAUCCCAAGCGGCACUUAUCUGCUGGGUCCAGUGCGGCUCGCGGGUCCUUGCAAUGGCGCAAUAGAAUUUCAAAUCAAAGGGGAUCUGAAGGCUUUUAAUAGCCCUCAACUCGGUAUCGAUCAUUGGAUUACAUUCAGGUACAUUGAGGAUCUGACGAUUACCGGAGGAGGAGUGCUUGAUGGCCAAGGAGCUGCUGCAUGGCCGUCUAACGACUGCAAGAAAAACCCCAAUUGCCAGGCACUUCCAGUGACCAUGAGACUUGAUUUCGUGUCGAACGCACGGAUUCACGAUGUGACAUCUCUCAACAGCAAGAACUUCCACUUCAAUAUUUUCUCCUGCAAAAACAUCACCUUUGAGCGCGUUACCAUAAAAGCUCCGGACGAAAGCCCGAAUACUGAUGGAAUCCACAUGGCUCUCUCCAGCAACGUUUUCAUCAGAGAUUCGGACAUAGGCACCGGAGACGACUGCAUAUCUCUAGGGCCUGGAAGCAAAAACAUAAACAUGACAGACAUUACUUGCGGGCCUGGGCACGGUAUAAGUAUCGGGAGCCUUGGAGGUACGCCAAAUGAACCGGCCGUGGCUAAGGUGUUCUUAGGGAGCAGCACCUUCACAGGCACUACGAAUGCCUUGCGGAUCAAAACGAGGGCUCCCUCAUUCCAAGGCGCUGUUAAAGACAUCACCUUUCAAGACAUUAACGUCAAAAAUGCUGACAAUCCUAUAAUCAUUGAACAGCAAUACUGCCCAUCAAAAACAUGUAGCUCCCAGUCCUCACAAGUAAAGAUCAGCAACGUUAAGUUCAGCAACAUCAGAGGCACUUCAAGUUCGUCAGUUGCAAUUAAUAUUAAUUGCAGCCCAGCUGUUCCAUGCACAGGCAUCGAACUUAGAGACAUUGACUUAAAGUAUGAUGGAAGUGAUGGAAAUAAUGAAAAAGCAUCAUCAGUUUGUGAAAAUGCGCAAGUGCGGCUCGUGGGUCCCUGCAAUGGCCCGAUAGAAUUUCAGAUCAAAGGGGCUCUGAGAGCUUCUAAUAGCCCUCAACUCGGUAUCGACCAUUGGAUUACAUUCAGGUUCAUUGAUAGGCUGAGGAUUACCGGAGGAGUGCUUGAUGGCCAAGGAGCUGCUUCUUGGCCGUAUAAUGACUGCCGCAAAAACCCCAAUUGCAAGUCUCUCUCAGUGACAAUGAGGCUUGAUUUCGUGACGAAAGCAUGGAUUCGCCAUGUGACAUCUCUCAACAGCAAGAACUUCCACUUCAAUCUUUUCUCCUGCAAAGACAUCACCUUUGAUCAUGUCACAAUUACAGCUCCUGAGGACAGUCCGAAUACCGAUGGAAUCCACAUGGCUCGCUCCAGCAACGUUUUCGUCAGGGACUCGGUCAUAUCUACCGGAGAUGACUGCAUAUCUCUUGGGCCUGGCAGCAAAAACAUAAAAGUGACGGGCAUUGCUUGCGGGCCCGGGCAUGGAAUCAGUGUCGGGAGCCUCGGGGGUACGCCAAAUGAACCGCCUGUAACUACGGUUUUUGUUAGGAACUGCACCUUCACGGACACACAGAAUGGCAUGAGGAUCAAAACGCGGGCUCCCUCAUACCAAGGCGUUGUUCAAGACAUCACCUUUCAAGACAUCAUCGUCAAAAAUGCUGGCAAUCCUAUAAUCAUUGAUCAGCAGUACUGCCCAUCAAAAAAAUGUCGAAACCAGGUAUCCGUUCUCUUUGGCAACAUGCACCGCAUUUCGCACCUACUAGAAGAUCAACUUGGUGCAAUCGACAAAGAGGAGAAUAGAAGGAAAAGAUUCAUGGAAGUAUUUACAUGA